UCGUCGAGAUGUACAAUUAAUACGAUUAUUAUUUAUACAAGUAUUUUCUUUUAUUCUAUAUGGUAUACCAAUAACAGCACAAAAAAUUUAUUCAUGUUCAACAUUUUUUAUGAUAAAAAGUCCAUUAAGAAUAGCUAUUGAUAAUCUUAUUAAUCAAAUAUCAAUUGAAAUUUCUUAUAUUUGUAAUAGUACAAUAUUUUAUACAUAUUCAUUAACAAGUAAAAAAUAUCGAAAAGAAGUUUUUCAUAUUUUAUCAUUAUUAUUUACAUGUUAUCAAAAGAUUAAAAUAUACCCUAGACAAUCUAUUGGUUCGACAAGAAUAAAUCAAAAUAAAACAAUUGAAAAAUUACCUAAUGAAUCAUAUAAAUUGAAUAUUCGAAAUAGAACUGAAAUACUUUGA